AUGUAUAACUUGCAAAAAUAUUGUCCCUUAAUCGAAACAGGCACUCUGUCCGAAACAAGAAUACAUUUCUACAACUUCUAUGAUUCUAUUGCUGAAAAAGUACGUGCACUCGACGAAUGGCCGAACGACCUCCGCAAGGACAAGAACAGCAUAAGAUUUUAUCAAGCACUCCUCAACAAUAGCGAUGCAUUGAAGAUCCCCUUGUUGUCCGCCAUAAAAUGCGUCCUCGUAAUCCCCGCAAGUAACGCCGAUCCAGAGCGCAGCUUCUCAGCAGCCACUAGGCUAACACAAAGCGAUCGAAACAGCUUGGGAACCAAGUCCAUAGAUGCUCUGAUGAGAGUCCAACGUGAUGGUCCGAGUCUCCUCACUGUAAGACCUAAAAACCUCGCAAAACAAUGGUUAAACCCGCUACCCGGCUUACAAGCUGGACGCCAUAAGCCAUCCAGCCUCGCAAGAUCAGAUAGUUUUAUGAAGGAGGUGAAAGAUGCCUUAGUGAAAGGUACUCCUUCUCUCUUCUAUGCCUUCUUAAUUAAAUCUAUAUUAAAUCCAGUUGAUGGACGAUCGCUUGUGGAACAUUCUGUCACUCAGUACAUGAAAGACAAUCGCUUACGAGGCAGACGCGAUGCCGAGGCGAUAGUACAGUCGAGACGCGAAUUAGAAGCAUCAAAACGAUGA